UGGAGACUUCACAUCUGCAGAAACAGCAAAAACCCACUUAAUGGCAUCAACACGUUUACAGAAGAUCAAAGAGCUGAAGAUGAAUGAGGAUAUAUAUGCAAAUUCAGGAAUUACAGACAACACAUCAACUCAUUCAGACGACAGCAAUGAUUAUGAGGACAUCUACGCCAAUGAAGAUGAUGUCCCAGAGACGAGUGUGACCAGAAGCCGUAAAGGAGCUAUGACCUCAGUUUCCAGAGUCAAUACGGUAGGAAGAAGAUACUGCCGACUGACUGCAGUGUGUCUGGGGCUGCUGUGUGUUCUCCUGCUGACUGCCAUCACAGUGCUGUGGAUCAAGUUCAACAACCUGACUACAGAGAGAGACCAGAUACAGACCAGCUACAUCAACCUGGCUAGAGAGAGAGACCAGUUACAGACCAGCUACAUCAACCUGACUAGAGAGAGAGACCAGUUACAGACCAGCUACAUCAACCUGACUAGAGAGAGAGACCAGUUACAGACCAGCUACAUCAACCUGACUAGAGAGAGAGACCAGAUACAGACCAGCUACAUCAACCUGACUAGAGAGAGAGACCAGAUACAGACCAAUAAUGAGAACAUGGCAAAUGAGAUGGUCCAAUUACAGAAAGAAAAGGAAACGCUUCAGAAGAAUUUGGCAGAAUUAGAGCAAGAAAAGAAAACUUCCAAUUUCUACUACAUCUCUACUGAGAAGAAGAGCUGGAGUGAGAGCAGAAAGUUCUGCAGAGAGAGAGGAGCAGACCUGGUGAUCAUAAACAGCAGAGAAGAACAGGAGUUCAUCAGUGAAGCAUUUGGCAGCUCUGAAGCUUGGAUUGGUCUGAGGGAUGUUGACACAGAGGGGGUCUGGAAAUGGGUGGACAAAUCAACACUGGCCGCUAAGUUCUGGUGGACAGGGGAACCCAAUGAUUAUGGACGAAAUGAGGACUGUGCUGUAACUGGCUAUAAAUAUACUGGAUCUGAACGAGUCUCAACCUGGGCUGAUUAUUCCUGUGAUCGUCCUGCAGUUGGAAUCUGUGAGAAAAGAUUUUAGUUUAGUCUACAUGAGGGUGAACAGCAGGACCUGAGUUUGUCUGUACGUUUAAGAUUAUAUAUGAUAUAUUUUACACUCAAACAGCAUUUAUCUUACAUUUUUGAAAAAAUAUGGAUUUACUUGCAUCAAAGAAAAUAGUAAACUUUUGAAUUCUGCCUGAACUUUUGUAGCAAAUCAGUUACUGCCUGACAAGCUUUUGAGCCUGGCACUUACCCCCACCCCCCCAACACACACACACACACACACAGUCUUUUACUUUUAUGUAUAUAUAUAUAUACUUUUUAAGCAUUAACAGCCUAUUACAGGAAUCUACCAUUAAACAGUAUAAUUCAGAAUAUUUCAGCAGUUGUUAAACUAUUUUACCUCAUUCUGUGACUCAAACGUGCUUUUGCGAACAACUUCUGGUGUUAUUAUUCUUGAUGAUUCUUACUUUUAUACUUGUUUACUGUUUUCCCUCAGUCUCCUGUCCUUUAUAUUAUGUAUACCAGUGAGUGUUGGAACAGUUGUGAAAAUAGUCUUAUUAUAAAGUUAGUGGACAAUACAGGAACUGUUAAUCUUUUAUGCUAAUGGAGCUGUAGUUCAUGACGCUGCGUCAUGGUGAAAUUAGUCAUUUCUUCAUCUGAAUGUUAUGAAAACAGAGGAUAUGGUUGUUGAUUUUAGGAAGUCUUUAACACAGCCCAUACCUACAUUCAUGAUUCUGAUGUUAGCUGUGUUUAACUACUACUGUCAUUAGUUACUACUGUCAAACCUGCCACUGUCAUAGGAUGCCACCUUUGCCACAAGACAGUUCCUGAAAGUUCUGUAUAUUUAAGAAAAUGAACCUUUUAAGCCUGUUUUUAAGCAGCUUUGACCGUUGAUGUUUUUGUCCUAUUUUCAAUUAA